AUGUUUUAUUUCCACUGUCCGCCACAGCUAGAGGGCACUGCACCCUUUGGCAACCACUCUCCAGGAGAUUUCGAUGAUGGGUUUCUGCGCAGAAAACAGCGCCGGAACCGGACGACAUUUACUCUUCAGCAGCUGGAAGCUCUUGAGGCAGUUUUUGCCCAAACACACUACCCUGAUGUCUUCACCAGAGAAGAGCUGGCCAUGAAAAUAAACCUCACAGAAGCCAGAGUGCAGGUUUGGUUCCAGAACCGAAGGGCCAAAUGGAGGAAAACAGAGAGAGGAGCUUCCGACCAAGAGCCAGGAGCCAAGGAGCCCAUGGCAGAGGUGACACCCCCGCCUGUGCGAAACAUCAACUCCCCGCCCCCCGGGGACCAGGCCCGGAGCAAGAAAGAGGUCCUGGAAGCCCAACAGAGCCUGGGGAGAACUGUGGGUCCCACAGGACCCUUCUUCCCUUCUUGCUUGCCGGGGACCCUCCUGAAUACGGCCACGUAUGCCCAGGCUCUGUCACACGUUGCCUCUCUGAAAGGGGGCCCACUGUGCUCUUGCUGUGUCCCAGACCCCAUGGGGCUGUCGUUCCUCCCCACCUACGGCUGCCAGAGUAACCGCACGGCCAGCGUGGCCGCCCUGCGCAUGAAGGCUCGCGAGCACUCGGAGGCCGUCCUGCAGUCCGCCAACCUCCUGCCCUCGGCCAGCAGCAGCCCCAGCUCUGUGGCCAAGCCGGCGCCCCCCGAUGGCAGCCAGGACAAGAACCCUCCCGCCGAGGAACAGAGCGAGGGAGACAAGAGUGUAUGA